UUUAACAUUUAUCGAUCAGCAUCAUCAUGCCUGAACCAGCGAAGUCUGCUCCCAAGAAGGGCUCCAAGAAGGCCGUCACUAAGACCGCCGCUAAAGGAGGAAAGAAGCGCAGAAAGUCCAGGAAGGAGAGCUACGCUAUCUACGUGUACAAAGUGCUGAAGCAGGUCCAUCCUGACACCGGCAUCUCUUCGAAGGCGAUGGGGAUCAUGAACUCUUUCGUCAACGACAUCUUCGAGCGCAUCGCCGGUGAGUCGUCUCGUCUCGCUCACUACAACAAGCGCUCCACCAUCACCUCGAGAGAGAUCCAGACCGCCGUGCGUCUGCUGCUGCCCGGAGAGCUGGCCAAACACGCCGUGUCUGAGGGCACCAAGGCCGUCACCAAGUACACCAGCUCCAAGUAGAUCUCCGCUCCGACUCCGAGACACAAAGGCUCUUUUAAGAGCCAC